GCGGCGCAUGCGCGGCGCUGGUAAGUUGCUGGAGCCGUAGAAUGGCGCUUGGGGGUGUGUUUGACACGGAGCGGUGGAGCGUUAUCAGCAUCAUCCUCUCGGUCAGCCUAACAGUGCGCUGGGCAGUGUCUCUGAAUCCUUACUCAGGUGCUGGGAAACCUCCUAUGUUUGGAGAUUAUGAAGCUCAGCGACACUGGCAGGAGAUUACCUUCAACCUACCUGUACAUCAAUGGUAUUUCAAUACAAGCAGCAAUAAUCUGAAGUACUGGGGCCUUGAUUAUCCACCUCUGACUGCUUAUCACAGUCUAAUUUGUGCAUAUGUAGCUAAGUCAGUAAAUCCUGAAUGGAUUGCCCUUCAUACAUCUCGUGGGUUUGAAAGCCUCGGGCACAAGCUAUUCAUGCGGGCAACAGUGUUUUUUGCAGACCUUGCUGUAUAUAUUCCUGCAAUCCUCUGUUACAUUCAUCACUGUGAAGGACCAGAGAGGAAGAAGAUGUCAUCUAUGCUGUGCAUAUUGCUGUACCCUGGACUCAUUCUUAUCGACCAUGGCCAUUUUCAAUAUAACUCUGUCAGUCUGGGUCUUGCCAUGUGGGGGUUGUUGGGCCUAUUAUUUGACCGCAUCCUGUUUGGGUCUGUGGCAUUUUGUUUGGCUCUUAAUUAUAAACAAAUGGAACUUUACCAUGCACUGCCUUUCUUCUGCUAUCUCCUUGGAAACUGCUUAAAGAGAGAUCUAAAAGGUGAAGGGAUGAUACAGUUGAUCAAAAUUGCCCUCGUUGUGCUCAUUUCAUUUGCCUUUUGCUGGCUACCCUUCCUCACCAGUCUCCAGCAGUCCCUGCAGGUGCUUCAAAGGCUUUUUCCAAUUGACAGAGGCUUGUUUGAGGAUAAAGUUGGAAAUGUGUGGUGCAGUUUAUCUAUAAUAUUGAAGGUGAAGAAGGUUUUAUCUCCUCUAACCCAAGUUUGGCUCAGUUUUGCUGUCACUCUUUUGACAUUGUUACCUUCGUGCAUAAAGCUGACAAUUAAUCCCACACUAAAGGGGUUCAAACUUGCACUGGUGAAUUGUUCCCUGUCAUUCUUCCUAUUUUCCUUCCAAGUUCACGAGAAGUCUAUACUUCUGGCUGCUCUGCCUGUAUUAUUGCUUCUACAUGAAAUCCCAUUCAUGGCAACUUGGUUUUUGCUUGUGUCAACUUUUAGCAUGCUCCCCCUGUUGAUGAAGGAUGGCCUGCUCCUUCCUUACACUGUUACCUCUUUAGCCUUUCUUCUCAUCACAGCAACAUUUCUGUCAGCCUUUGAAAAAGUGUCAUUGGAGGAUCUGCAGCUCCAACGAUUUUCUCAGGGUGUGAGGAGGUACAUUCCACACUUUACAAUUCCACCGUGUCUUGCAAAACUUGCAUUCCUUCUAUCCAUAAUUGCCAUGGUAAUACUUAGCUUGAUAAGUGCGACGCAAAAUCCUCCCCCACAACUGCCGGAUUUAUUCCCUGUCCUGGUGUCUCUGUUUUCCUGCAUCCAUUUUUUGAUCUUUCUGGUGUACUUCAACAUUCUGCAUCUAUCGGAAUCUGUCUACAAGAAGCCUCAGCAGAAGAUGAAAUAAAGAACAAAUUACUGCACACUGAGGAAUUAAUUAUUUUGUCUAAAAUACAGUGAAUAAAAGCUGCUGUUUUAAACCCUAA